UGGUGGAUAGUAGUCGUUUCUUUUGGUGGACAAAUACGUUUCUAAAUUUGAGCAGCAACAAUGUCCGAGGGCGAAUCAAAAUUUGGAUUCAAGGACAUGGAGAAAGCGUUGGAGACGCUCAAGCUGUUGGAGAGCCACGAUAUGCAGUACCGCAAGCUGACCGUGCGCGGACUUCUGGGACGUGCCAAACGCGUGCUGACAAUGACAAAAGCAGCAGAGAAGCUAAAGAACAUAAAUGAUGCUAUUGGCGUGUUUGAGCAAUGGCUAGAGGAGAAUGGCGGCGGUGCGUCCAACAAAAAUGCAAAGACUGAUGGUGACGAUAAGGUGGAGACGGUGCCUGGUCUGGGCUUUAAGGACAAGGCGGCGGCGCAAGCAACUCUGAGCAUUUUAGAGGAACGCGAUCCAGAAUAUCAAAAACUAGCUAUCAAGGGUCUUAUUGGCAGCUCAAAAAGGGUGCUCUCUGGGACCAAGAAUGAAGAUAAAAUAAGUGCCAUCAAGGAAGGCGUGCAAGUACUUGAAGAGUUUCUCGAAAAAUUCGAGACGGAGAAUCGAAUCAAGGACAAUCGCGCCUAUCUUUCACAUGCCGUGGUGGCCACAUUGCCUGAACCAAAAGAGAAACUGGCGGCUGAGUUCCUGGCUGCUUAUGGAGGACCCAAGGCCAAGGGCAACUACAAGCACCUGCGCACAAUGUAUCCGAAGGACGAGACAACAAGUUGGGAUAUAAUACGUAAUCGUCAGAUAGCAAAAUUGCUGGAACAAAUCAAAAGCGAAGAUGUCAAACUAUUCGAUAAAGAGACAGGCGCGCCUAGUGAGUUACACUUACAGCUUAUACACUGGGCCUAUAGUCCACAGCCGGACAAGGUAAAGAACUACGUGGACAAACUGGCCAAGAAGUCGCCGGAGAAACGCAAACUGGAUACCGACAGUAGUAGCGACGCUGACAACUCCAGUAGCAACUCGGAGUCAGACGAGAGAUCAGUUCCGAAAAAGAAGAAGAAGGAAGAGUGAUAUAAACACACAGCAUCGGCAUCGGCAUCGGCAUCGGCUGGUUUGUGUAACGAACAAAAAACGGUAUAUACUUUAUUUAAAUACGUCAACUCAACCUUAACGCGAUUACAUUUUAGUAGUGGACACUUUCUUUUGUAUAUAUGUAUGUUAUUUGAUGUAUGUAUGUAAUUGCUGCUGUUAAGGCCUCGCUUAGAUGAGCUACGCAUCUAACACUAGCCAUCUAAUAUUCAAAUACAUGAAAAUGAAAAACA